UUCUAAGAAGUAAUUAUAAUAAAAGAAAAAAAAGUGUGGACUAGUUACAUUGCAAUAUAUAGAAAACAAUAUAUAUUUCAUAGUUGAGUUCAGAUAACUAAAAAGAAAGUGUUCUUUUAUCUUUGUGGUUGUGUGUGUCUAUGGCAAAGAAACCUGUCAAAUAUUCAGUGGUGAAUGCAUUCACUGAUUCAGCAUUCAAAGGGAACCCUGCAGCUGUGUGUUUCUUAGAAGAAGAGAAGGAACAAAAAUGGUUGCAAUCUGUGGCUGCUGAGUUCAAUGUCCCUGUCACAUGUUACUUAACAAGAAUUGUUUCACAUUCCAAUGGAACCAUUCAUCACUUUCCUCGUUUUAAUCUCAGAUGGUUCACUCAUGUUACUGAGGUUAAUAUUUGUGCCCAUGCAACAUUAGCAGCAGCACACACACUAUUUUCAUCUGGUUUGGUUGAUUGCAAUAAUGUCAUUGAAUUUGUUACACACUCUGGAAUAUUAAGUGCCAAAAGGAUCCAAGCCAUGUUGCAAAAUGGUUCAAAGAAAGACAAUGGAUUUUAUAUUGAAUUGGAUUUUCCUGCUUACCCUAUUACAGAGCCAAACCUUGAUGAAACUUCACAGAUUUAUGAAGCAUUGAAUUAUUGUGCCUCCAUAAUUGAUAUAAAGAGGACACAAAUUACGGAUGACUUACUUGUUGUAGUGUCAUCAGGAGAAGCUGUAAGAAAAGUUGAACCGAAAUUCGAUGCAAUAUCCAAAAUUCCUGGAAGGGGAGUAAUUGUUUCAGGGAUUGCUUCUCCAAGUUCCGGAUUCGAUUUUUACAGUCGAUUUUUCUGUCCAAAAGAUGGAGUCAAUGAGGAUCCUGUAUGUGGAACUGCACAUUGUGGGUUGGCAUCAUAUUGGAGCAAGAAGCUAGGCAAGUGUGAUUUCAAUGCUUAUCAGGCAUCAGAAAGAGGAGGAAUUCUCAACAUUCAUAUUGAUGCCAAGAAUCAAAGAGUGCUUUUGCGUGGAAAAGCUGUCACUGUUAUGGAAGGCUGUCUUCUUGUCUAGUCUUGUUCCUACUUCCUAGCUGCAACUGCUUCAUGUUUUGUAUCAAUAUAUAUAUAUCCAUGAAAAAAUGGUUACAAUUAAUUUUAAAUUAGGUUUAGAAUUUUAUUUGUCAUUUUAUUAUGGUUGAGUUGCCUUUUUAUGACUUUAAGGUCACAGGUUCUAGCCACUGAUGUAAUUAUCAAGUUAAGCUGCGUAUAUUAUAUUCUUUGGGUAUGGUCAUUUCUUGAAUCCUAUUUUAACGCAGAAUGCUUGUGUACUAGACAACUUUGUCCUUUUUAUUAUGUAAUCAUGAUGGAAUUUGAGGGA